AGGAUUGUGGGUACGAGGGGAGGGCAGGAAACUGCCUUCUUCCUUGGGGAGGGAGGUUUCCGGUUCCGGCCGGGCCUGUGUGAGUUGCAGCCUGGCAGUGCCCCCUCUACCCCCCCACCCCAGUGGGAACAGAAACGCCCCCCGCGUUCGCUGGGGGCAAGGCGAGGGCCAGGGGGCUUCCCCCCAGCACCAAUCCUGCCGCACAAGGAACAGCCCCUGCCGGGGGCGCGGAGGAGGCUGGGGCAGCGCCACACACCGGCAGUGCCCCCUCCCGGGCGGAGAUGGAAGCCAAUGCAGCAAGCGACGAGGGUGUGCAUUUCCAGAGCUACCCCUUCGACUUCUUGGAGUUCCUGAACCACCAACGCUUUGAACCUAUGGAGGCCUACAACCACGAGCACGCCAAAGCAGUCGCCGCCCUUCCCUGCCCGCAGCCACAGUACGACUACACCCAGCCGCCCGCUGCUGCCCCACCUGCCCACUUUGACCGUGUCCCCACUGCCGUUGGCCCCUCCAAGCCCAAAGCCGAAGGCCCAUCCUCCUCUUCCUCUGCUGCCUCAUCUGCCAACGUUCAAGUCAAGAAAGCGGAACCGGGGGCUCCUGUACCACCACAGCAGCAACCACAGCAGCAGCAGCAGCAGCAGCAACCACCCUAUACUGGUCCAGCAGUGGUGCCAGCAACAGGCCAGCCUCUCUUUGAUAGUACAGCUGCAGCUGCUGCUGCUGCCGCUGCCUACAACACUCCUCAGUGGGGCAUUGUGGACCUUUCUGGCCACCAGCACCUCUUCAGCAGCCUGAAACGUGGGCAGGCCACUCCCCCAGCUACAGCCACUGUUGCCACUGAUAGCCAGGCGGGCAAAGACGACAAGAACUACUUCCGGCGCUUGAAAUAUUUCAUUGACCGUCGUUUCCCGUGCGGCGUGUGCCAGAAAUCCUUCAAGCAGUCGUCCCACCUUGUGCAACACAUGUUGGUACAUACAGGCGAGCGGCCCUACGAGUGCACCAUCUGUGGCCGUACCUACAACCACAUUUCCAGCCUCAUCCGGCACCGCCGCUGCCACAAGGACACCGAGGAUGCCACGGCAGCUGCCAACGCGGCGGCUGCUAACGCGGCUGCGGCAGCUGCUGCUGCUGCUGCAGCCGCCGCGGCCGUUGCCACCAACGCAACUGCUGCUUCUGGUGCCGAGGGAGCAGCUCAGCCUCCUACUCAGAGCGGCAACCCUCAGGUGGUUCCCGCAUCCGCUGGGACGGCAGCCGCAUCCGCCCUCAGUGCUGCCAUAGCUCAGGCGGAAGGCCCGUUCACCUGCUCUCUCUGCUGGAAGGUGUUCAAGAAGCCAAGCCACCUGCACCAGCACCAGAUCAUCCACACGGGCGAGAAGCCAUUCUCAUGCUCCGUCUGCCAGAAGAGCUUCAACCGACGCGAGAGCCUAAAGCGGCACGUGCGGACCCACUCGGAUCUCCUGCGAGUGCAGUGCGGGGUUUGUGGCAAGGAGUUCCGGGACGCUUCCUACCUUCUGAAGCACCAGGCUACCCACGCGCCACCCGGAACUUUGCCGCCACGCCCUGAGUACAAGUGCGACAUCUGUGGCAAGGGUUACGUGGCUCCCCAGAACCUCCUGCGCCAUCGUCAGCUGCAGCACGAGGGAGCCCAGUUGCCCAAGGACGGCACCAACGCCCUGUCCUACCUGCCGCCGGGAGCUUAUCUCCUCCCGCAAGACCCGCAGGCUACCGGUUCUGAUGGCGACACCAAGCCAACAUCCUAUGGGCUCUUGGGUCACCCGCUGCUGGUGGGGACGGCAGCGGGCAAGAACUUCUGCUGUGGGAUCUGCGGCCGCGGCUUUGGGCGCCGGGAGACACUGAAGCGCCACGAGCGGAUCCACACUGGGGAGAAGCCUCACCAGUGCGCCGUGUGCGGGAAGCGCUUCCGCGAGUCGUUCCACCUCAGCAAACACCACGUGGUGCACACACGGGAGAGGCCCUACAAGUGCGAGAUCUGCGGGAAGGUGUUUGGCUACCCGCAGAGCUUGACCCGCCACAAGCAGAUCCACCGGCUUCAGCUGCCUUGCUCUUUGCCACCCAUGGGGCCCUCGCUGGCACCCAUGGGUCCUUCGCUGCCGCCGCCUCCCGAAGGGCUAACCUACGGCUGCUCUGACUGCGGAGAGCGCUUCCCCGAUCUCUUCCACGUCAUGAGCCACAAGGAGGUUCACGUGGCCGAGAAGCCGUACCCGUGCGACGUCUGCGGCAAGUGCUUUGGCUUCAUUGAGAAUCUCAUGUGGCACAAACUGGUCCACCAGGCUGCCCCCGAGCGGCUCCUACCACCGGACGAGACGGCCGCGGCAGUGGCACCACUGGAGAACGGGCUGGCCACUGGCGACAACAUGACAUCUUUUGAAGACCACCACCCCACCUUGCCCAGCGGGGAGCGCUUCUCCUGCUCCAUCUGCGGCCAGACCUUCAAGCAUUUCCUGGGCCUCGUGACCCACAAGUACGUUCACCUGGUGCGGCGCACGCUGGCCUGUUCGGUCUGCGGGCAGAGCUUCGCGGGGGCCUACGACCUGCUGCUGCACCGCCGUACCCACCUGCAGAAGCGGCACUUCUCCUGCCCGGUGUGCGGCAAGCGGUUCUGGGAGGCCGCCCUCCUGAUGCGCCACCAGCGCUGCCACACCGAGGAGCGCCCUUACCGCUGUGCAGUCUGCGGGCGUGGCUUCCUACGCUCAUGGUACCUGCGCCAGCACAAAGUGGUGCACACCGGCGAACGGGCCUACAAGUGCGCCCUCUGCAACAAGCGCUUUGCCCAGUCGUCCAGCUUGGCCGAGCACCAGCGCCUCCACGUGGUGGCUCGGCCCCAGCGCUGCCCCACCUGCGGCAAGACCUUCCGCUACCGCAGCAACCUUCUGGAGCACCAGCGGGUGCACCUGGGUGAGAAAGUCUACCGCUGCGACCGCUGCUCCAAGAGCUUCUUCUACCUGUCCUCCAUCCUGCGCCACCAGCGCUCCCACGACGCCAAGCGUGAGCUGCGAUGCGGGGCCUGCCUCAAGCUCUUCAAAGACCCCAAGUACUUCAGCAAACACGUCCAGGCCCACCAGGGAGGGCGGCCCUUCAAGUGCAGUACCUGCGGAGAAGCCUUCUCCAACACCUAUGGCCUCAAGAAACACCGCCACAUCCACAAGAUGGAGCGCUUUGCUGCCAUGGGAGGCCACAAGGAGCAAGCCUAGCGCUGGGGGCAGGGGAAGAAAAUGUGGGCGGUCCUUUAUCCUGGUACUCGAGGGUGGGAAGAUGAGGCUAGUUCCUGCCUGUUGCGAGCCACAAGGGCAGGCGUUUCCCUGUAGUAAGAUGGCAGUAAGAUGCUAUGUUUGGGGAAGGAUAUGGGAGAGUCCUCAAGUCACAAUUGCAUGGGGCAAUCCAUGGAGAACCAGGGGUGCAACACAGGAUUGGUUUACGUAGGUAGCCGCCCUGGAUCUUGGUUUUCCCCAAAUAGCUGUUGUCCUGUCCAUCCUGGAUUCCCUAGUGUAAACAUGAUAGGAGAGGGUGGCUGUCAUAGAAAUUACCCUUUCUUACCAAGAAUGGAUGGACAUUUGUUACCUUUUUCCAGGAAGUGCGAGCAGGGGAAUGAUGUUCUUGUGGAAUAAUAAGCCUAGAUACUGAAAGAGAGAAGAAGCCAGUCUAGGUUCCCAUUUGCAGGAUGAGAUGGCUCUUCCUUUCCUCCAUUUAAGUGUUAGAGCCAAUUCAUAAAUUUCAGUAGAGGGCAGGACAUGGUACAGUCCUUCAGGAGCGCUUGCCAAAUUUUACCGUGAACCCAGCCACCUGAUCUAUGCCAUAUAGGUCUUGCUUCCUUUCUGGAGGAAAGACAUUGAUUUGGGUGCUUUCUUUACCCCUGACAAUGGGCCACUUGUCCUCUUUCAAAUACCUUAGUUGCCCAUGGGACCUGGUUGCUGACAGAAGAUAGUUCCCCCCCCCCAUUUACCUGUGUAGGAAAUUAGAGGAGCUUGCCACACCAUAAAAUAUCUACCUGUCUUCCCACCUCCAGAACAGUUACCACUUCAUAAUGCAGCUGGAGGAUCAUAAACCUGAAUGCUCCCUCACAUUAAAAACAAAACACUCAUAGGAAACAAGCGAGUGGAGGGUGGGUUCUAGCCUAGCCUUCUCCCUGAUAGCUACCUUUCCACAUGCAGGGAGUACAGUAUUGAAUAUGAAAGAGCAUUCAGAUAUGUCAUCCCCCCCCCAAUGUAUCUUGAAGUGGUGUAGGCCCGGAAAGACUGUACCAUGUGGCCUUUUCGGAAUUUUCAAAUUGACACACCAGUUUGCUAGUGUGUGUUGCCUUCCCCUCCUGCCAGAACCUCAUAUGGUUGUGGUUGCGUAUGAAGCUGAGCGAGAGGAAAGCAAACGUACCUGGUGGCUCUGCAUCCCAGGCCACAGUGAGAUAUGUUGCCUUGGUUUGCCCAGCACAUCCAGUGCUUCACCCACAGUUCUUCCACUCCCACAAGCCCAUCCUCUUCUUGGCAACACUUUUGGCGCCCUCACAUCAGAUAAAUGGCAGACUUAACUUGUUUGUGGCUGGAGUACCCCACGGGGACUUUUUCAUCCUCAGUCUUAAAUCGUGGACCUUCUUUUCCCCCACUCAAACAGGAAUACUGGUCAGGUAUGGUCAAAAAGAUUCUUCCAAACUCUCUAGCUCCCUGGCAUGGCUCCCCAGCUCCCUCUCUAGGCGCCGCUUGUCACCCUCUGGUUCUGAACAGGCAGAAGAGGAAGCUGACUUACUACAUGCAACCAAAGAGUUCUAAGAGCACACCCCCUUGUGGACGGUGGACACCAGGUGGUUCGCCUUUCCCUCUCCCUCGUGAUCCAAGUUGACCGUCCACAUUUAAUAAGACAGUUGUGACGGGGAAACAUUACUGCUUUUCCAUGCUGGAGCAUUCAGAGCGUGAAGACUUUUUUUCAGGUGGCAAUACCAAAGGUGCCUCCUUGCCAUUUCUGGUCUACAUCCCUGCAUCUGCAUCCAUAGUUCCUACUUUGGCGAGAUGGACAGUCCAAGGAUAUGAGGACCCAAAGAUGCUUUUAUUAUUCCAGUGUGGUUGCCCAGUGCCUGGAAGAAGAGGGAAAGGGGGAUGUUGCCAAAGUUGCAGAGUUGCCUGGGGAUAGAGAAUUGUCAUAGAAAUGGACUUGGCUGGGGGGGCGGGGGCGUUCCUUAAAGGAAACCUCGCAGCAUUUGGUGACCCAGUGUCCUAUUUGACGAAGAGUGUGAAGAGCAGAAAGGAGAUGGGAAGAGGGUUCAGCCUGUUAUUUUCCAGCCUUGUUUCCACAUUUCCCAUGCUGGGUCAACUCCAGGGGGAAACUCUUUGUCCAUGUUGAGUCAGACCCAGUUAUCUUAAUGUCUCUGACAGACUGAAAUACUACUGACUAAUGUCCUGCCUCCAAAAGUGGCUGAUACUGGAUGUUCUCUUUCUUGUUUUAUCUUUAUACUAAAGUUUUAAGGCCUGAACUUGUAGCUGAAAUUCAGUGGAUUCUCCCUAUGGUGGUGGAUAUACCUCUCCCUGCCUUACAUGGAAACUUUCCAUAUAGAAUUUUCCCUCCCUGACUUUGUAAUUUGCCAAUAGAGCUGAGUUUAAUAUUAGAGUCUCCUCCCUCCUUAUGAAUACAAGUGUAUCUUGUUUAUACCAUACCUGCUUCAUAGGAAGAGCUGCUUCUGCAUUGAGUUGAGCAUGGUUUCCACGGAAAGAUGUGGCAACCCCAAAACUGAUGACCUGUUCUCAUACUAAAGGCUGUUGUUUAUACCAUCCACUUUUAUUACCCAGGAAUAACAAGCGAGUUCACAAUAACUAAUCUAGUAGAUGAUUUGUCUGUCAAAUUGUUUUUUAAGUGUAGGUUCCCAGAUGGACGAUUGAACAUGACAGGGAGAAACAAGUCUUAUGCAUUCCCAGAUGACCCAAGACAAAAAUACUAUGUUUCAAAACCACAACAUAACAUUGGCUCACACAUAACAGGAUUUCCAAUGGAUUUUCCCCCCUCCAGAAUAAUUUACAGGCCUAAAAUAUAGAAGACAAAUUUCCAUACAACUAUGGAAUUCCUGUUUCAAUCACAAAAUUUAUAUUCAGCCAGGCCUUGCCUAUGAGAAUGGUGUUCUGUUUCCUACAGUUGACAAAAUGUAGUCUUGACUUUCACCCUAAGUUUUUUAAAGUUUUCUUCUUUAAAAAAAAAGAAAAAUGGUUUUAACGUUUUCUGACCUUACAAGAGCAAUUACUGCAUCUUAACACCCCUUAAUCACCUCCUGUAUUCACAAUGGUUAGAAAGUGGCAAGAGAGAGUUCGCCUCCCCACUCACCCUUUUAAUUUUUUUAUUUACAGGUGAAGAGAGGCAGCUGAGGACAAAAUGGCUAUCUUUGUUUCCAGCCAAAAUUCUAAUGCCAGAGAGCAGGCACUCUGCUCAUCUGCCUGCUGUCACCUGUUAAGAUCAGGUUUGCUUAAGAAAUGAAGCUUGUGCCCACUCUUCGUUCUAGGAGUGGUUUGAUUUUUCCAAGUAUGUUUCCCUGUUCUCCGUUGUAGUUUGGUUUGGAUAGUUGGUGCGAUGUGAAAUUGCCAUGCCUCACUCUCAUGUGAAAGAUGCUAUUAAAAAAAAGAGCUGAACAGCACUUCAAAUUUUCCUCUAUAAGAGGAGUAGAGGGGUCAGGGGAUUGGAGAGUAAGAGGCCCAGAAGGCGGCAUUCUUUGGCUUGAAUUCUGUGAGGAAGUUCUGCAGGGACUAAGGUCAAAGACAGGUGUUCCAGGUUUUAAUUCUGGUUGGGCAAUGGGAUACUUUUGAAGACCCAGUUGGAGUACACGAUCAAGACUUGCCAACUAAUCUUCCCGCUUCACUGCUCUGCCUUUUAUAUAAAUAUACCUGGAUGGAUUCUUAGUUCUGAAGUGUGUGCAUCACUAGGAUGCUGGCUGUCCUACAGAUUCUCAUCACCCCUGAUGCCUUGCCUGCUGUGAAUGGGAAUUGUGAAGAUCCUUCUGUCUUCUCCCAGCAUCAGACCUGACGUUUUAAGAUGCCGCAAGACACACAAUCAUCUGAACUUCCAUCAACCCUCCAGUUUAUUGGGGAACAUGGAUUCUCUGGUUCUGACAGCGGGCGAUGUUUUCCCACGCUCCCCACUCAUCCCAAACUGGGAGAUGGACAUUUUUGAGACAGGACUCAAACAUUCCCAGACUGUGAUCUCUGAAAGAGUCCUGCUGCAGAUAGGAUCCAACCCAUUGCAAUCAUGUUAGCAAGAUGACUUUUUAUAUUAAUACAGAUCUAUAAAUACAUACGUUUAUAUAUAAAUACUUCUUUUUCUAACUACCCCUUUUCCCCAUUGGCCAUAGGAAGUGCAGUACUUUUGGUGCCAAGAUUCAAGUCCCUUAUGAUAACGUGUACUAAAAUAUAAUAUGUAUAGGACCCCCUCAUUGUCCAUGCAGCUGAUGGGCCUGGACCGAUAUAACCUGUCCCGUCCUCCUUGGUGGUGCCCCUUUGGGAACUGUACAGCGUGUGUUUUUCUCAGUCGGGGUUAGGGGAAUGGGAGCGUGUGUUUGUGUUUUAAACCAAGCUAUUGUUUUAAAAGUGUCUGAUUUACGAUGUACAGACUAAACAAACAUUAAAAAAUAAGAAUUGGAAA